AUGUACUUUCUUACCCUUUUGAAGGAAAUUGUUAUUUUUUACUACCUAGCUUACUGCCUAGAUGCAUCUAAUUGUGACCGAUUGGCAUUUUCACACCCGAUCGGUGCAGCCUUCGGCACGUCGAGUGGCUCGGUAACCUUCUCCGGGAAGACCACCGGCACACUAUCGCUUGGCACCGGAGGACAAAAAUUUCAAGGAGAGCAUACUAGAAUCAACGAUCCAAUGGCUUCUAAAGAAGAGCGGUGCCAAAAACUUCUUGCUCGAUUCUCACCGCGUGUCGAUGCAAAGACAUGCAUGUGUGUGGAUCCCAGCUGCGCAUUUAUUCAGCUCAGCAUGACAUAG